UUUUACCGUGCAACAUCAGAAUUUCAAACACAUUCUUCUGUUUCAUCUGCUAAAUGUCGGUGUUUAAGAGAACAAUAGAAGCGUUAUUCGCAUUUCUAGUGUAGUUAAAGUAAUAUUUAUAAGGAAGUGCAUACGGUAACUGUAAAAUUGCCGUUUUCAUCGUUUGGCAAAAAACUCUGGACCAUAGACUAGUAUACGGUCAUCGAUAAUCACAUGCCUAUAGCCUAUCAAUUACACAUCGGAUUACUAAACGACAGGAGCUAUUAAGGUCAGCAAUAACGCGGUGACUUAUUUAAAUAUAUCUCACCAUGACCGAUACAACUAAAGACAAGAUGCUACAAAGCUGGGCCAAUUACCUGUUGGGAGGAAGCCAAGAGAGCCAAGGAACGAUGGCGGAAGGGGUCAUAGAGGAAGCAUCACAUACCCCUACAUUAGACCACUUACUCAGGGGGGAUAUUGAUGUUGAACAUUCGGAUGACGAGUGGGUAUUAAUAAGCGCCGAUCACCUGGAAACCUCGGACGGUGACUUUGACGAAGUUGAGGUGACGUUGAGGAGGGUACCAUCAGUCCGCGAGUUACUAACGAGGACGAGUUCUUCGUCAUCUCUACAUAGUAACGACAUAGAUGUAGAGGAAUCAUGGUUUAUUACCCCUCCUCCGUGUUUCACCUCAACAGGCCCCUCCAAUAUGAGGAUUUCUCCCUUCGAGAACUUACUCAUAGAACAUCCAAGCAUGAGCGUUUACAAACACGCUCCAAGGAGAGGCUGCUUAAGGGAAAUACUCUCGCCUCCUCCUGUAAGAGAAACAACUCCUGAACCCGAAGAGGAGGAAGAUGAACUCGAGGUGCAAGAAGUUGACAAUGAAGUGGCCAUUGUCCGCAGGGUGAUUAGGAGGCACAGGAUGGAGGCACAGCUGCAGGAACGCCAGUAUUCUAAAUAUGUACAUUCAAGAAAAAUUCAAAACCAGAAGGCCAACAAGCCCCUGAAGAAGGCCUAUCUGGAACGCAACAAUAAGGCUCGUGAAGUCAACUGCCGCAACCAGAGGCAGAGACGAGGGGAGCGGUCUCAAGGGCCAAACCGCUCUCGCGCCAACAACAACCGCAAGUGCUGAGGACGAGAUGUCUUCUAUGAUCUCAUUUUAACCGUAACAAUUUUCACAACACGUUCAGAAAAUUUUGUUGACUGUUCAUAUUUUGAUUUUAAUUCUUAAGAAAACUGACAUCCAGCACAUUUUUGAGUCAUUCGUUUUGAAGAUGAUAAUAUUGUAAUAAUGGUAAAUGUAGCAAUAGUGGUUGUGCUGCAUGAAUCGAUUUCACAUCGCAUCAUCACAGAUUUUUUUCAAUUCAUAAUUACAAUUCGAACGAAAACAAGAAAAAAUUUUAUACUUUGCAUGUAGAUGAGUGUCGGAGUAUUAUCAUCAUAUUCAAUAUUAAUUUACUGACCAAAGAUUCAUAUUCACAAUAUCACAAUAACUGAUACAUGUAAAAAAAUAUCAGUGUAUAAUACUUAGAAUAUCGAUAUUGCAAAAUUGAAAUGAAUUUUCAUUCAUUCAUAUUUUUUUCUAUGUGUCCUAGAAAAAUAUCUGUUUAUCUUAUUUCUAUUGAUGGAAGAGCCAGUAUGAUUUUUGGAUCACUUCAGUUUAAUAUAAAAUCGUAGAACUUGA